GUCCAUUGUUGUUGCGAAGUUUUUAAUCUGGGGAUUUAAAGCACAUCACAUGCUCAGACUGAGCAGCGGGGCGCGCGACCACAACAGGCAAACUCCUGCAAAAAUCCAUGCAGGGGAGGAAACUAUUCAUCCAGACAGGACCGACUGGGAACAUCUUGCUCAGGCUGCGAUGCCAGCGCACUUUUGGGGAGUUUAGGAUCGCAGGAGGAAGAAGAGUGUGCAAAGGAUCGGGAAACUUUUUAUUCUGACCUGCUGAGAUUACACCAUAAGGAUGACGCUCAAGUACAGCCAGCGGUCUCUCAUAGUGUUGUCUCUACUGGGGAUUUUAUCGGCUAUUAUGUCUGUUUUAUCGGUCAUUUUGAUUUUUCAGCUUCAGUCUCAACAGACGGCAGUGAAGGAGUCUCCCCCCUCCACAGCCUCGGUCAUCCCGGCUCAUAUCUGGGCCGUGCUGCUGCCUGUGUCCACGGUGCUGUCCGCGCUGUCCCUCACCCUGCAGCUAAGCUCUGUGGUGGUGUGUCUGCUCCACAGCUACUUUUCUACUGAGGUCUGCAGAGGAGAGCAGGACACGGAAAGAGCAGACUGGUUCCUUUUGGAUAGCAGAGCUGUGCGACACGUGGCUAUCGGACUGUUCUGUCUCGGGGUCUCUGUCUACUUGGCAGCCAUGUCCAUCUUCAUGCUGCUCAUAUUUGAGGUGGAGACAGGUAUUGCAAGCGCUUGCGUCCUCUCCUCUGGGAUCUUAAUCCUACUGGUCUUUGUGAUCCACUCUCUGGUCAAAGCUUCUCAUACUGCCAAGCGCUAUCACGACGACCACCUCGACCACCUUGACACCCUCUACCAGAACGACCACGGCAGCAGCACCACUCCCGUGUCCCGACACUGCGAGCUCAAAAUCGGCGUGGACAAGCCGCGCAUGCACCGAACCCAGUCUCACCUCCAGCAUCCCAUCCCCUACCGGCAGCAGCAAUACCAGCAACAGCAGUACUCCCCUGCCACAGGCUCCCAAGGCCACGCUAGUGAUAAAGAUGGCUACAGCAGCGGCGGCAGUUGUCCCCGAAUGCACAGGACUCUGUCUACUGAAUCUGGUUUACUGCAGGCCCAGGCUAAACCCUGGAACGGGGUAAACAACGAGAUGAGGAGCGUCCUCGCACGCAAGUCAGGGAUUUCCGCAAAAGACUCUACUCUUGUGUGACUUAUAGGAAGCGGCGCUUGUUGUUAAAGACACUGAUGACCUUUAAGCAUCGCAAGAGGACUGCUAACACAAGUGUCAUCUUAAACAGACGAAGAACUUUCAGUUCGUAUGUUUUUAUCCUGACUGAACGAGGACGACAUGGGACACAGACUGAAAAACAUACUCAAGUUUUCACCUUCAUUGAAUGAUUUCUUCUGUUCAGAUUGUAAAGCAUUUUAAAAAACAAAAUGAAAAACAAAUUGAGCACAGCUUUUGUAUAAUUUGUAUUGUUUUUUUUUUUAAAUGAAUGAGCUUGAUUUAAAUUUCAUUAUACACACCAGUGUUGCCCAAGUAUCACAAAUGUAUAGCGUUCAAUGUAAUAAUGUGAAUACUUUAUUCUGCUGUAUAUGGUGGCUUUUUGCCAAAUAUUUGUGCAUAAUGUGUUUUGUUAAAUGUUCAAAAUUAUGCCACAACAAGUAUAAAUUAAUGACCUUUAGAAAAUAUAAUUCAGUUUGAAUGUAGGAUGUUUUUUGACAAAAGACAUUAAAAGAAUGUUCACAAA